AUGGACAAUCAUCAGACUUUAGCAUCCAGUUUACUAGACGAUCUCUUGCAUAUCCCUGCAGAAACUAUCGGUGCGUCCGGAGAGAAGAACGAUACGUGCCUAGCUCAAUCAGAAAGUAAAGGGAAGGAAGUAGUAGUAGUAUUGCAUGAUCAAGAUGCUCAUGGCCCAAGUAGUGUAGCAAAGAAACAAGAACGUAGCGCCAAUGAGCGUCUAAGGAGGCUGAGACUUCAUGCCUCUUACCUCACUCUUGGCACUCUUCUUCCUGAUCAUUCUUCUUCCUCCAAGAAGAAAUGGUGUGCGCCGUCUAUAAUGGAUAGAGUGGUCACUUACAUUCCCAAGCUACAUAAUGAAGUUGAAGAGCUAACUCUCAGAAAGCAGAAGCUUGUAGAAGCGGUCCAGAGCAAGAGAUUCAGGGAAUUAGAGCGACAAGAUCCUCACAUUCGAGCAAUCUCGGUUCUUGAAUUGGAGGGAUCAGGUGAUGAGGUUGUUGUGCAGAUAAGCAUGAAAAGGGUAAAAGCAGACGAGUUCUCGAACUUGCUUCACGUAAUGGAGAUGCAAGGUUUUUGUAUUUUAAGUGCGUCCACAUCUCUAGUGUGCCGAGACCAAAAGGUGGUUUGCUACAACUUCCAUGUUAAAAUUGAUGAGAAGCCAUCUGAAGGUGAAGACUACAUCACAGUGUUGAAGAACAACAUCAUCUCUACGCUCUCUUGA